UCAAAGGCAGAACAUCUUGGAGUGAAUCAAAAAGGGCAAAAAGCCAGAUGUUACUGCAAUUCCGUUUGUCAAGCUGGAGCUGAGUGUUCAGAUUACAGGUGGAGGAAAUCUUUAGGAAGUCUUCCUAUAAGCAUUGCUGAAGUACAAAGUAAAUAAGAAACAAGAUCCAUGACAAUUUUUCAGAAGGAAUGUCUUUGGGAACUCAAGGGCAAUGCGUCAUGAGCGGGGUUUGAGCAAUGAAGUCCUGAAAUCAUGAACGAUUUGAUGACCAGCUGAGCUUACAAUGCAGGCGAUAAAAACCGUGGAAAAAGAAGUGACUUUUAUAAAGGAAACACUUUUUACAGAAUGCUUCUCAAAGAAACAAGAGUGCAGCAGAAGCCCAGGGAGCAGGCGGCUCCGUGAACAGCAGCCAUUGGAAGGAGCUGUCUGCAGCUCUCAGUGCUGUACUGAGCAUGUCCCAGCGGAGAGCCCUGCAAGCAGCACAUUAUGCAAAAAGGCAGCUCUAGCAGAUGGGAGAGAGGCACAGCAAGCGUUUGCUUCACUUGCAUCACCAGUGCUUGAAAACAAACCUGGAUCGCUAGAGGGGAUCUUGCCGGCAGGCCAGAGGAAUGAAAUCCGGGAUCAUGGCUUGAUUGACAGAGGUGUUGUACCGAAAAAAAUCAUGGGGAAUCAAGAUGGGAAGCUAAAGAAAAAUACAGGUGAUGUGCAUGAAGGAGGAGAGGAUGUCUCUGGGCCCAAGGAUACAGAUGGCACAAAGAAGGCAUCGGGAAGCAGAAGGGGACUGGGGAAGCAUGCAAAAGGAAGUGAAUCUGGUAAGAAGAAGGGUAAGUCGGAUUCUAAGGCCUCGGUGUUUUCAAAUCUGAGGAUCAGAAAAAAUCUCUCCAAGGCUAAGGAUGGGAAUAGUAGUUCACGGGAGGAUGUUUUGGAAAGCCAGGCCUUGCCGGCUGGAGAGCUGGACAAUUCGAUUGUUACCAAAACUCCAGAUAUAAGCAUCUCUGCUGAUGAAGGAGGUCUCUCGGACACAGAUGUUGAGCAUUUUGAAAUCAGAAAUGAAACUGUCCCAGCUGCUGCGGAGACACAGGAUGGACAAAGAACCAGCUCUGGCUCUGAUACAGAUAUCUACAGUUUCCAUUCAGCCACAGAACAAGAGGAUUUGCUUUCUGAUAUCCAGCAAGCUAUUAGGCUGCAGCAGCAGCAGCAGGGGGCAAUUAACAUUGGAACUGAGGACUUUGUCACCAAAACAAUGGGCCGACACAUGGCUAAUUCGCAGGCAGCCCCCUUAGAUUUUGAACGGUUUCUUUCAGUAACUACCACUGACAAAGAACGGAGCCCAGACACUGAGGGGGCUUUUCCAGAGGUAUCUGAAAAUGCAGAAAACAUCCUCGUCUCCCGUGCGACUGAGCAGGAACUGAAAGACGUGGAAAAUGGCACAGGCUCUCCUGGUAACGGUUUGUUUGAAACACAAGAAUGCAAGCUAUUGAUUGAGGAGCAGGAACAGCUCGUUGCUGGAGUGGAUGCUGUACCUAGCGAACUAAAAGACGAUUUAAACAGAACUGUGGUAGAAAAUGGGUCUCAGGCAUACAGCUCCAAACAACCUUUUUCAACCUCAGUAGCAGAUGCUGAGUCUAAAAUUGCUGAAGUGCAGGCUGUUGAUUUGCAGGGAUCAGUAACAGAGGAUGCUAUUUCAGAUGCAGGCCGUGAUCAUGCUGCUGACAAUCAGGAAGGGAAGCACACUGUGGCAGCCAGUCAAGAGGACCUUCAUAAUGGUUUAUCCACGGAAAUUAAAAAUGGCAUUUUGUCCUCUGAGGGGGCAGAAGGCAGUCCUGUGCUUGGUUCCCGAUGCUUUAAGCCCUAUCUAAUUAAUCCUUGUUACAUCAAAACCACAACAAGGCAACUGAGUUCUCCCAACCAUUCACCUUCUCCCUCUCCAUCUCAGAGCCCACUUUUCACAAGGAGGCAAGAAUCCUUCCACAAAAAAGAAAAAGGCUCCAUCAGGAAGCAGAGGUCUGUUAGUUUGACAGGUAUAUUUAGUCGUUCUGCAGACUGGACAGAAGAGAUAGCUAAUCACAACUGUGACAUAACACAGAAGGUGGGCUCUGCAAUCUACUUGGAGCACAAGGGACUGAGAGAGAAAUCUCAACCGGAAAGAGUGCCUUUGACUCACUCAAGAAAGUCCUCAGGGGUGCAGGCUUCUGCAGAGACAUUUCCCAAUGUAUUUUCAGGACGAACUCUGCUGGAAAAGCUCUUCAGCCAGCAGGAAAAUGCACCACAAGAAGAAGCAGAAAAGCUAUGCUCCCGCAUUAUUGCAAUGGGUCUUUUGCUUCCAUUCACUGACUGCUUCAGAGAACCAUGUAAUCAGAGUGCUCAGCAAAGCACACCCGCAUUUGAUCAAGACCAGCUUUAUACUUGGGCUGCAGUUAGCCAACCCACACAUUCAUCAGAUUACAUUGAAGGAAGCUUUCCGAGGAGAAUUCCAUCUGCGUGGCCUCCACCCAAACCUCCAGAUGAAGAACAAGGACUGAAAAUUAAGGGAGAAGAGUUGAAACCUACUGUCCUAGAAACAGAGAAACAACACAUAGAAGGUGUUCAGCAGGUGCAGAAAGAAGAUUGUUCCACAGUACCUGGGUCCUGGGAUGAUCUCGAAGUGAAAUCUGAGGAGCGUGCCAGUGUUAUCCAGCGACUCGAGCAAACUAUUGAGGAUCUGAGGACCAAAAUUGCGGAACUAGAGAAACAGUUCCCUGCUGCAGAAGUACAAACUGCUGCAAAGGAGCAGGAAAAUGAAUGCACACACACAGUCUGCAGAGAUCUUAGCAGUAUGACUCUUCAAACAAAUGAAGAGAAGACCAUACACAAGACUGUGUCACAAGCAAGAUCUGUGCAAACGUCACCAACAGAGGAUUAUGUAACACGCACAAUGCCUUCAGCCAAUGCACUGCCACAGCCACCAGCCUCACCACACUUAGAAAGCAGCAAAAGUGAAGAGCCAACUCAACAAUUGCCAGCUCUAGAACUACAGCCCACAUUUUGUUCUGAAAUCUCCUUAAUUCUGUCACCGAAGCUAAUCUCAGUGCCACUGGAUGAAAGCCAAUCAGUACAGAGUAUGCCACAGUCACCUCUGCCAGGACCCAAAGUUAAUUCGUCCCUUGCAUUUGAAGGAGAGACUGAAAUGCCAGCUUUUCAUCAGCCUCUAAGAACUUUAGAUGUGACUUGUAGUGAACAUCCCCCUUCUUUGCCCUCAGAAUCCACAUGUAGCAUUCCCUCAUCACUGCCAGCAUCCUUGCCUGGAGCACACGGCCCUUCCCUUGCCACUCCCAUGUCCAUGGCAGGUGUGCCACUCCCACCACCCCUGCCAAGCUCAGGACUCCCUCACACUUCUGGUUCAGCAGUGCCACACCUGGACCACUCUUUCCCAGUUCCACCACCACCUCCUCCACCACCUCUGCCUCUAUACCCUCUUCUCCCAUGUGCUGGAGUCCCACAAGCACCUCUACCACCACAUUUGUCUGUAGCAGGCAUCCCUCCUCCCCCUCCACCACCACCUUUACCUGGAGCUGGUGUUCCUCUUCCACCUCCUCUGCCCGGCUUGGGAAUACCACCUCCACCUGUGCCUGGAUUAGGACUGCCACCACCUUCCCAACCUCUGCCUGGAGGGGGCAUCCCAACCCCUCCUCCACCACCUCUGCCUAGUGCUGGUGUCCCCCCUCCACCGCCUCCACCGCCUCUGCCUGGUGCAGGUGUCCUUCCUCCUCCACCCCCUCCACCACCUCUGCCUGGUGCAGGUGUCCCUCCUCCUCCACCACCUCUGCCUGGUGCAGGUGUCCCUCCUCCUCCACCACCUCUGCCUGGCGCAGGUGUCCCUCCUCCUCCACCACCUCUGCCUGGUGCGGGUGUCCCUCCUCCUCCACCACCUCUGCCUGGUGCGGGUGUCCCUCCACCUCCACCACCUCUGCCUGGUGCAGGUGUCCCUCCUCCACCACCACCUCUGCCUGGUGCAGGUGUCCCCCCUCCUCCACCACCUCCACCACCUCUGCCUGGUGCAGGUGUCCCUCCUCCACCACCACCUUUGCCAGGGCAGGGAAUUCCUCCUCCAGCCCCACCACCUUUGCCUGGGGGAGCACCACCUCUUCCAGCACCAGCCCAAAGCAGCACAUACCCAACAGUCCCACAGGGAUGUGGGUUUCUUCCUCCUCCAUUACCAGCUGGUUUAUUUGCAAUGGGAAUAAAUCAGGAGAAAGGGAGCAGGAAACAUGUGAUAGAACCUUCUCGGCCAAUGAAGCCUCUUUACUGGACAAGAAUUCAGCUUCACAGUAAAAGAGAUUCUAGUGCUUCACUUGUGUGGGAAAAAAUUGAAGAGCCUUCCAUAGAUUAUCAUGAGUUUGAAGAACUGUUUUCUAAAACAGCUGUUAAAGAGAGGAAGAAACCCAUUUCGGACACCAUUACAAAAACAAAGACUAAACAAGUUGUCAAGUUGUUAAGUAACAAAAGAUCUCAAGCUGUUGGAAUAUUGAUGUCUAGCCUUCACUUAGACAUGAGGGACAUUCAGCAUGCUGUUGUGAACUUGGACAACUCUGUUGUUGACCUAGAGACCCUUCAAGCCCUGUAUGAGAAUAGAGCACAAUCAGAUGAAUUAGAAAAAAUAGAAAAGCAUAGCAAAACAUCCAAGGAAAAAGAAAACGCCAAGUCUUUGGAUAAGCCUGAACAGUUCCUUUAUGAGCUUUCACUAAUCCCAAACUUUUCAGAACGUGUGUUUUGCAUCCUGUUCCAGUCGACGUUUUUAGAAAGCAUUUGUUCGAUACGUCGCAAACUUCAGUUGUUACAGAAGCUCUGUGAGACAUUGAAAAAUGGGUCAGGAGUUAUGCAGGUCCUGGGUUUGGUUCUUGCCUUUGGAAAUUACAUGAACGGUGGAAACAGGACACGAGGGCAGGCUGAUGGGUUUGGACUAGAUAUCCUGCCAAAGCUGAAAGAUGUCAAGAGCAGUGAUAACAGCAGAAGUCUUCUGUCUUACAUUGUCUCCUACUAUUUGCGUAAUUUUGAUGAGGAUGCUGGAAAAGAACAAUGCAUUUUUCCUCUACCAGACCCACAAGAUCUCUUUCAGGCUUCACAACUGAAGUUUGAUGACUUUCAAAAGGAUCUCCGCAAAAUGAAGAAGGAUUUGAGAGUAUGUGAGACAGAAGCAGCAAAAGUUUAUCAGCUGUCACUAGAGGAGCACCUCCAGCCUUUCAAAAACAGCAUGGAGCAAUUCAUUAGUCAAGCUAAAAUAGACCAAGAAAAUGAAGAGACGUCACUGACAGAAGCACAUAAAAGCUUUUUGGAAACUGCAGCCUAUUUCUGUAUGAAACCAAAAAUGGGAGAGAAAGAGGUGUCCCCGCAUUCUUUCUUCAGUAUUUGGCAUGAAUUCAGUUCUGACUUCAAAGACUUCUGGAAGAAGGAAAACAAACUGAUUCUUCAGGAAAGAGUUAAAGAAGCAGAAGAAGUCUGCAGGCAGAAAAAGGGGAAGUCACUAUACAAUAUAAGGCCAAAACAUGACUCUGGAAUUAAAGCAAAGAUAAGUAUGAAAAUCUGAGAGAAGAAAAGCAGAAGCUGCUGUUAACCUGGCUACCAAAACUUGACACGCCUGUGGGUGGAGAGUGAGAGGGAAGGAAACUACAUCAUUGUGAUCAUUUGCUUUCUUGGCCUUUUUGGAUUCACUUUCUGUUUUCUGGAGUUUUCCACCAAUCGAUGUGUUAUUGUACAUUCAUUCACAAACGUAAUCAUCACUUCACUGGAGCGCCCAGCAAUAGACUAGGUACGGACUAGGAACACUUUCCUUGUACUCUUACCUCAUCUGCCACCCAGCAGUUCUGUUUUGUGAAGUGUAUGGUACAUCACACACAGGCCAAGUCAGCAUGCAUAAAAAGUGGUUUCUGCAUCAGUUCUGAACAUGCUGAAAACUGCAUUAAGUUGAACUCCGUAAGAAUGCAACUCUAUACAGUAAAACAUUUCCAUUCCUACUGGCAGCAUCUGUCUAAGACAAAUACUUCAUGGCACUGCACUUAGAUUAGGGAAAGAAAUGUUACUCCUAGUGAAUUGUGUGUAUCUGUUUCAUGUUGGCAUUUGUAGUUUGUAUUUUGCUGUUUAUACAGUAUAAUCAAUGCUUUCCCAACUUGUUUGGUUGCCCUCCAUGACUAAAUAUUUGUGGAACAAGAUGUUUACUGUAACUAUCUUUAAAAUCAAUAAGGCAGCAUACUUUUACUUCAUCUUUUGCCAGACAGUGAAUGCCAGGUGGUAUGGGGGUCAGAAAUCCAGCAUUAAACAAAUAGGAAAAGAAAAAGAUUAGGUUAAAAAAGGAGGAAAAUAGAGAAAAGCACAGAAAUAUGAUAGACAGUAUGAGAGGUUUGGCUAUUAUAUAUUUGUUAAUAUAUAAAGCAGCUAAUACUUUUACAAGAAACUUUAGAAGGUAUAGUAGAGUUUUAACUGCUGAUGACUUAAAUCAGAGAGGCUUUUGCCCACAUGUACACAGCUUCCCUUUUGGAAUUAGCUUUACAGUUACUUUAAAACUCCUUUAGAGAGCCAUUAAAAGAUGCACAUGGGGAUUGACAUUUAUGAAAACCAGUAGCCAAUUCUAGUGACAGAGCAUAGACUACCAACUAAUUGACAUCAAGUUCACACUUAACACAACUGCAGAGUUUUCCUCCAGGCUUUCAGUGUCCCUCACUAGGAGGUUAAUCAUUGAAAUUUAUGACUUAGGGCUUCCAUUUUAGACCACAUGCUUGAUUCGUUUUUGCAAUGCAGAAUUUACUAUCUCAGUUUUGAUCAGCUUAACCAAAACCAACUCUUUUUUUUUUUCUUGUCCUAAUUUAAGAGCCCCAAACCAAUCAGUCUGAUAACAUUUUUCUUUCAAAGAGCACUCUUCCUGAAAGCAGACUGUGUGUGUAACUGAAUUGGAUGCACAUGCUCACAACCUUGGAGCCUGAAAAACACUGGGGUAUGGCAAAUGAGCUCUAAUGUGCUGGAUUGGGUUAUCCCCUGUCUAAUCUAGGACAUCAAGAGACAUUUCUAGCUGUCUGGAGGCUAAUAUAUCCUACAGAAUGUCAUAAUAGGAAGCAUGAAGUAUGACCUCAGGAAUCUGUUAUUCUUCACAUAUACCAAGCACUAGAAAAGAUGAUGUUUUCACUAUGUGAAAAGCAAGUCUCCUGUUGCUGACAAACCUAUGUGAAAAUCUGUACUCGGAAUAAUUUCUAGCAGGGAAAUAAAUUACCAAGAAUGAAGCUCUAAAAUUUUUGUGUCGAUGGGAGUAACAUUACUAUUUGGGGAAGUGAAGAGAUUAUUUGCUGUUGCAACUAACUUAAUGUAAAAAACCUUAAAAAAUAAAAGCUAUUUUAAUGGCAUUGAUUCAAAUCCAUCCUUGUAUUUAUGUAAACAAUAGUCUUUCCCUCUUAACUUUGCUCCUAAAGUGCAAGGAUACAGUAGCAUGUUUUAAUUUGUAGCCUUCCUGUUCCCUUCGGUACCUACAGUAUGUAUAUUACUCUAUGAAAUGAAAGAAUAGAUCAUCUAACAAAGAUCACUAUGUGCAAUACUGUAUUUAGUGUUUCUAUUUCGAGUUUUUUAGAAUGUUAAUUUAUAUGAAAAUAAAAGGAAUAAUAAUGAAACAACA